AUGGCCAAAUCACCACGAAUAACUUUAAGUUCUUUGCGCAAGAUUCCUCUUUCAUUUGCGAGCUGCUCAAUUGGCAAAACUACCGAUUCACUCACCCAAAGACUCGAAGCAAUCUCAAGCGCAGGGUUCACAGCAAUCGAACUAUCAUUUCCGGACAUCAAGCAAUAUGCCGAACAGCUUUUGAAUAAACAGGUCAGGCGUGACGAUUAUCCAGAUCUAUGUAGGGCGGCACAAGAAAUUGGAAAGCUAUGUCAGCAAUUGGGUCUCGAGAUUAUGAUGCUACAGCCGUUUGCGAACUUUGAGGGAUGGCCAAAAGGAUCGAGAGAAAGAGAAGAAGCAUUUACAAGAGCGAAGAAGUGGAUUGAAUUAAUGAAAGCGUGUGGGGCGGAUUUGUUGCAGGUCGGAUCAACGGACAGUUCAGACGACAGAAUAACAACCGAUCGCAGUGAAAUUGUGAAGGACCUUCAGGAACUCGCAGAUAUGCUCGCCAAGGAGAACUUUUGCUUGGCCUACGAGGAUUGGUGCUGGUCCACGCAUGCACCGACAUGGAAGGAUGUAUGGGAAAUUGUUCAUCAAGUCGACAGACCAAAUGUUGGACUGUGUCUCGAUACUUUCCAAAUAGCAGGCAGCGAAUGGGCAGAUCCAGCAACAGCUUCGGGAUUGAUUGAAGAGAUACCGAAAUCCGAAGUUGAGAAGCGAUGGAAAGCUAGUAUGGAGGAAUUGGCAUCCUCGGUUCCCGCUGAAAAGAUUUAUCUUUUACAAAUAUCAGAUGCAUAUAAACCGACGACUCCCAUUGAAAGAAAGAUAAAGAAUGGCUUACUACCUCGAGGACAAUGGAGCCAUGACUUUCGUCCGAUGCCAUAUGAAGGCGGUUACUUGCCAAUAGAAGAUGUAACUAAAGCGGUUCUCAGGACGGGGUUCCGAGGGUACUUUUCCAUGGAGAUAUUUGAUAAUGGUCCAGAUGGCACUGGGAAGGAGUACAAUGUGGGGAAAUUCGCAAAGAGUGCCAUGGAGAAUAUGCAGAGGCUGUUCAAGAAUGUUGCCGAUACAAGUACCUAA